AUGGAACUUGAGACGCUUCCAAUCUCACAUGAAUGGGACGCCCCUUCCGUGACUGGCAAGAGCUUUCCAGAUCGAAUAUGGCCCGAGCCAUUAGAUACCCCUGGCUAUGUCCCACAUCAUCUCAAGCGUGCUGCAUCAGGCCAAUUUCCAAUCUUGGAGCUCAUCCAGCGCGUGCUGUACCGCCUCAAGCCCAGCGGGGUGGGUGAGGUCGAGAAACUACUUGCUCUGAUCGGUCUUUAUCAGACACUGCGCCCAGUCUACACACACAUCAAGGACUUUUGCAUAUGGGCGCUCACUGUACAAGUUACUGUACCCGAAAGCGACCCCGUCGCAAAAGAAAUACUCGCUUGGAUAGGCUCAGAAGUCAUCACGAACAGCCAUUCACGAAACGCUAUGCUAGUCACCAGUAGCAUGCAAGAUGCAAACGAUGAUUUCCAUCGUCGUAUGAUCAUGCCUCCUCCUCCAGGCGUAGCCAUGGACAAGAGGGACGAUGGAGUCUUGUGCCUCCCGCCGAUUGGUACACGAUUAUUCUGGGUCGGCUUUCGCCCUUUCGUCUUCUCGCGCAGGGGCGGAAACAGCUACAGCAAUCACAGGACUAUGUCUGGUCACAUGGUUGAUGACAGGGGCCUCCUUCAAAACGCAAUCACCCUCAUGACCCUCGGAUGGAGUCUCAAGCCUUUGCAAGACUUUACCGCAAUGUGUCAUGACUUCAAAUUGAAACAUCUCACGGGGACUACUACAGUUUAUUUUGCUGGAGAGGGCCGUAAUGACCCGUAUGGAAAUGUCUGGCAAUCAGUAUCCAAGGCCAUCCGCAAGCUCGAUACUAUCGACAUGGAUGAGCAGGUGAAAUUGGACAUUGUUCGAGAUGCCGAGUACUAUUACAGUGACGAGUCACGCGCCUUUUUCGCCGACUGCGGUAUCCCCUACCGACGCGGCUAUCUUUUCUACGGUCCUCCUGGCACUGGCAAAAGCUCCUUCAGCGCCGCACUAGCUGGCCAUCUCCGAUGCGACAUUUACCACAUCAAUCUCGCAAACGGGAGCAUCAGCGACGGCGUCCUGCACCGACUCUUCCUCGGCCUCCCCCGCAAAUGCAUAGUGGUCAUCGAGGACAUUGAUUCCGCCGGUAUUGGCCGCGAACACACAUCAUGGGAAACACAGAACGCCGAAUCACUCGACCACUCAGGUAAACCAAUUUCUUCCGACGAGCUGAAACCAAACAGAACAAAGUUCUCAGCAAUCACACGUCGCAACAUGGUCACCUUGAGCGGGCUUCUGAAUGCCAUCGACGGCAAUGCGUCGCAAGAGGGAAGACUCCUCAUCAUGACUUCCAAUGAUCCCGACGCCCUUGAUGCCGCUCUCACACGCCCCGGCCGCAUCGACAAGAAAGUCUACUUUGGCAACAUGAGCAAGAGCGCCGGCAAGAGCAUCUUCAAGCGCCUAAUCGGCCGCUCAGCCAUGGCCCACGACUCGGCCUUUACCGUCGCGCAAAUCGACCAGUGGGCAACGGAAUUCGCGGAAAAAGUUCCACCUAAUACCUUCUCGCCAGCACAAGUCCAGAAUUUCCUCCAGGCUUGUCGCGGCGACCCGAUCAAAGCUCUAGACGACAUUGAGGCUUGGGUUGCAGAAAAUAGAGCCUCUCGCUGUACUGAUUUCCCGCCUAAUCAAGCCGAGGAUUCAGAGGCGGAUAGCGAGAAGUAUCCUGAGCGAGGUGGUGGUGGUGUGGAGUAG